UUUAUAUAUUCGCAUUUGUGCUUUCUUUCUGAUUUAAAAAUCCUAGGUUUUUGCAUACUAUAUGCAAGCUCAUGGAUAAUUCUAAUUGUACCAUAAAGCCUUGGCAGCAAGCUGUUUCUUCAUGCACAGGAGGCUUAAUUACAUCGCUCUUUGUAACUCCCUUAGAUGUAGUUAAAAUCAGGUUACAAGCUCAACAAAAGCAUUUAAGUUUACCUGUAAAAAUAUGUAACAAAACUACUCCUUUUGAUGUUAUCAAAACACGACUUCAGGUUCAGCAAAUACCUAUACAAAAAGGCCAAUGUUUUUUAUAUUGCAAUGGACUUUGGGAUCAUAUUUGCUUUUCUGUUGAAAAUGGGUUAACAUCUAAUGGUCGCCCUUGGUACAAGAGACCUAGCCAUUUUUCUGGAACAUGGGAUGCGUUAAUGAAAAUCACCAAAUAUGAGGGUCUAACAUCUCUAUGGAGUGGGCUCUCUCCAACAUUACUCAUGGCAAUCCCCGCUACAAUGGUAUAUUUCACUACCUACGAUCAAAUCAAAUACAAAUUGGGCUAUCUGGAUACAAAUAUGUGUGAAACAAAUGCUGAAAAAACAAUGUAUUAUUCAUCUAUCCCUAUUUUAGCAGGGGCAUUAGCUCGAGUUGGCGCUGUAACUGUUAUAAGUCCAUUAGAAUUGAUCAGGACCAAAGUUCAAUCUGUUCAAAUUAAUUACCCAGCCGUUUUACAAGCUCUUAAACAAGAUUUAAAAUUAAAUGGAGUCCUAUCUUUGUGGAAAGGAUGGGCACCUACAAUACUAAGGGACGUACCUUUUUCAGCUCUUUAUUGGGUCAAUUACGAACACAUCAAAUCGCGAUUUAUAACCAAAUCUACCCCCAGGAAAUCUCAAAUUAUGAUAGCCUUCAUCAGUGGCGGUGUUGCAGGAACGGUCGCAUCUAUUUUAACAACUCCUUUCGACGUUAUAAAAACUCACCGGCAAAUAGAAUUGGGAGAAUUGGAGGCCAAACAUAUAAAUUGUUCAAAAUCAAAUACCACUUUUUCGCUCAUCAAAAAAUUAUACCGAGUUAAUGGUUUUAAGGGCCUUUAUGCAGGUGUCGUUCCUAGGGUUAUCAAGGUUGCUCCCGCUUGCGCUAUAAUGAUAAGCACUUACGAAUACGGAAAACUGUUUUUUAAAUCUUAUAAUCAAAAACACACAACUCUAUCUCAUAUUGACAUUACUUAAAUAUUAUAUUAUAUAUUUUAAUCGACGAUCAUUUAAGUUAUAACCAAUAUUUUUUUGGUUUAUAAAGCGUUGUAACCCGGUUCAAAAUAUAACUACUUUUAGUGCAAAAUAAUAUAUUUUUUACUUGUAUAUGAUUGUAUAUAAUUUUCUU